GCAGAGGGUGUGAGGCCCACUCCCGUAACCGACGACGCCAACUAUCCCAUUCUCCAAUAACACCAACCAUGACUACGGAGCUUCUUCAAAUCGAACCCGCUGAACUCAGAUUUGUCUUUGAGUUGAAGAAACAGAGUUCGUGCUUGGUUCAACUUGGGAACAAGUCUGAUGAGUAUAUUGCUUUUAAGGUAAAAACAACGUCACCAAAGAAAUAUUGCGUCAGACCCAACAUAGGCAUCAUCAAGCCCAAGGAAAAAUGUGAUUUUACUGUUACUAUGCAAGCUCAGCGGACGGCACCGCUUGAUAUGCAGUGCAAAGACAAAUUUCUGAUUCAAAGCACUGUUGUCCCGUUUGGAACCACAGAAGAUGACAUCGCAUCUGAUACGUUUGCAAAAGAUAGUGGAAAGUAUAUUGAGGAGAAGAAACUAAGGGUAAUCCUCAUCAGCCCACCAUCUUCUCCAGUGUUGCUCCCAGUAAAUGGUGACAUGAAGCAUGAUCCAUCCAUCGAAAUUAAUGUGCAAAAAGAUAGGGUGGCCAGUGGAGUCGAAAACAUACCUCCCCCUAGCAGAGUUUCUGAGGAUGUUAAAGUUUUGGAAGCAGCCCAGGAUACGAGGGAGGAUAGAGCAGAUGAGGAUAUUGUGCAAAGACAAUUUGAGAAUGUUGGUGACUUGAAGCCAGCUAAAGAUGACGUGCAGUUGAUUUUAGCUAACGAAUCUGAGGAAUUGAAGUCAACGCUUGGUAUAAUGGAUUCAAAGCUAAGAGAGGCUGAGGUAACCAUCAUGAAGCUGAAUGAGGAGAGGCGCAUGAACACUCAAGAAAAAGAUUUACUUAAGAAAGAGUUGGAGCGCUUGAAGAGGAAAAUCAAUACGAAAGGAGUUCAGGCUGGCUUUCCAUUACUGUUUGUUUGCAUGGUUGCUCUUGUCAGUGUGGCAGUCGGAUAUUAUAUUCAUCCAUAAGGGCGAAAACUGCGCGUGUAGGAUGGUAGACGUUCUAAAAUCAUGGAUUUCUCUGCAGUGAUUAGAUAGAGGAUGGUUCAUUGUUUAUUGUGAUGGUUUUACUCGACAGAUGUUAAUAUGCGAUAUGGGAAGCUCUGUGAAAUGCAAGUUAACUAAGCCUUUCAAUAGAAGCAUAAUAAGCAGCUUUCUGAUAUUUUGAGCCGACAUCAUAGGCCUGUUCGUUGACUUUUCUAGAAAUGCUUCGAUUAAAAUCCGCGCGAAUGAGACGUAUCAGUGAAGGAUAUGCUUGCAAUUUCUAGUUUCUUUUCUGAUUGAUUGAACUUUCUAGUUUCUAUUAAAGGAGACAUUAAAGAUGGAGCAACACAAGUACAGGGACCAAUGCCUUUGCUGGCUUCUUGUUUGUAUAUGAAUUCAAUUUAGUUUCGCCACCUAGGCGAUUAUGGUCGGUUGUGCAUGAGUAUUUUGCACUAUUAUACCUUUUCUUAACAGAAAAAUAUAAAAAACUAAAAUUAGUAAAAUCAUGAGUUCAGCGGUACUUUAUUUU